AGGAUAAAGAAGGAGGAGCCGCCUCGCGCCGCUACAAGUGUUCGCAUUACCCGACAUACCCUCCGACUGUGAUCCGGCUCUCACGUCCGUAAACUUUCUCUGAAAGCUAACAACAUGUACCGGUACUUCGGAGGGAUACUCACCCGAGGAGCGGGCACCGUCCUGGGCUCCGGUGGCUCCGUCGCCGCCCUCGACUCGUUUCUCCCCGCGUCCCUGCUGCGGUACCGCGGCUACAGCCAGGUAGCGGAUGCAGACACCAAGGACGAUCCUAACUUCUUCUCCAUGGUGGAGGGCUUCUUCGACCGAGGCGCCGCUAUGGUGGAGGACCAGCUGGUGGAGGGUCUGAAGACCCGGGAGUCCGCCGAGCAGAAGAGGAAGCGCGUCCGCGGGAUCCUGAGGAUCAUCAAACCGUGUAACCACGUGCUCAGCGUCUGUUUCCCCAUCAAGAAGGACAACGGCGAGUGGGAGGUGAUCGAGGGCUACCGGGCUCAGCACAGCCAGCACCGGACCCCGUGCAAGGGAGGUAUCCGGUACAGUACCGAUGUGUCUGUAGACGAGGUGAAAGCUCUGGCCUCGCUCAUGACCUACAAGUGUGCUGUAGUCGAUGUGCCGUUUGGUGGAGCGAAAGCUGGAGUCAAGAUCAACACAAAAAACUACUCUGACAACGAGCUGGAGAAGAUCACCAGGAGGUUCACCAUCGAGCUCGCCAAGAAGGGCUUCAUCGGACCGGGUAUCGACGUUCCUGCUCCCGACAUGAGCACCGGGGAGAGGGAGAUGUCCUGGAUCGCUGACACCUACGCCACCACGCUGGGACACAACGUGAGUCUCUGCUGGUCUGUCUGAACCUCACCUUGAUUCAGGUGAACCAGGACGAGGAGUCGGCAUCAACCAUCGGAGGCCGGCUGUCACGACCUGGCUCUGACAGCCAUGACCUAAUCAGGGAGACCAGACAGUUGACCAAAAGCAAAGAGUUUAUUAGAGUUCAAAUCAGACUUUAAGUUUACUCUGAGCAGGUAAUAAAAAGACCUGUCAUGUUUUACAUCGCUGUAGCUAUGAAGACGAGGGAACGCCCUAUUUAUAUACAUUUAUUUAUAUUUAUUAAUUU